CUGUUCUUUGAGGCGUCAGCAGCAUCUACAGCCGUCUUUUGCAGUUAUAGAUUGGACGGCAUUCCCCCCGCAAGUUUCUCAUGUGACACGGUUCAUCGCAGGUCGGGCAGACUGUAAGGGAGCAGUGGAGUAAGUGGACUGUGUGUGUAAUUCAUCAAAGCCUGAUCACGAGGGACCCACAACCACCAACCGUUUGUUAUCCUCUCAGCGCGACCUCAGAGCUCAUUAUUGCCGAUCAUUGACAAUAACCUCACACACACACACACACACACACACACACACACACACACACACACAUCAUUAACGACGCCCUCACUGACACCCCCCAUCGCUGGAAGUAUGUGGACGACUGCACCGUGGGCGUCCCAGUUUCCACCAAGAACCUGGACUACUCGCCACUACAAGCAAUUCUGGAGCGACUGCAGACGUGGACGGAGGAGAGCAGGAUGACCAUCAACCACAGCAAAACUGUGAUAAUGCAUUUCUGUACCUCCUCUGUACCAGUGCCCCCUCCCCAGCUCACAGUGGGCCCUCACCCCCUCAAGGUGGUCCGAUGUGCCAAGCUUCUCGGAGUCACGGUGGACGACCAGCUGACCUGGAAGCAGCAUGUCGCCAGCACUGUAAGAUCAGCUACCUACAGGCUGUACAUGCUGCGCAGACUCAGGUCGCUGGGGACGCCGACAGAUGAGUUAAGCGGGGUGUACCUCACCUUCAUCCUCCCCAAACUCAUGUACGCCUCCCCAGCGUGGUCCUCCUCCCUCACACACAUUCAACAGGUAAAGCUAGAGAGUGUGCAGAAAAGGGGGUGCAGGGUCAUCCUUGGCCCUGCCUACACCACCUAUGAAGAAACCCUGACCACCCUGAGUCUGUCCAGAAUAUCCACCAGGCACCGAGAGGCUCUGGAGAAGUUUGGAAGGGGACUACUACAUCACCCACGUCUCAGAAACAUGCUGCCGCCUGACGCGCCUCGCCCGGUCCGUGCCACCAGACACCACAACAAGAUAACGCCCCUAAAGGCGCCGCGCACGGACCGGUACAGACUCAGUACGAUUCCCACCAUGGUGCGAGCCAUCAAUCAAUAGUCCCUUUUAGAUUAGACUUACCUUUAUGAUU